AAAUAUUUUUACUCACCUAAGUGAGUAAAGUGCAAAUAUUGUGAUAUGAUCAGUUACUAACAAGCUCUAGAUGUUUGUGAAUUGAUACUUGUUAGAAAAACAAAGUGUUACUUUUCCUAAAGUAAAUCUUUUCGGUAGAUAACCAAUAUGGCUCUUAACAGAAAUGUUGUGAAGAGUAUACAGUUAACGCUCACACUUUUAUGCUUAUCAUUACAUACUCAAUCUAGAACAUACAAUUUCUUCACUGAAAUUGUAUCCAUUACAGCAUUUGCCGGAUUCUUGAUCAUCAUUGUUGGAUAUUUUAUUGCUGGAGCUGCUCCUUCCAGGCUUGAAAUAUUCUAUGCUAUAGUUGGCUUUGCAUUUUUUGCUGCAGCGGCAUAUCUUAAUUUUCACAAGUUUUAUAAAGCUUUUGAUAGCGAUGAAAAAACCUUUGGUUUCAUAAAAUCAGGAUUAUCUCUUUUGAAUGCGGUUGCUUUCCUUUUAGAAGCGGUGUUAGUUUGGAGAGAUUGAUUUUCGAUGAUUUCAUUGAUGAGUAGGUAUGGAAAAGAAAAAGUGGAAUUGGGGACCUUAUCGACAGAUAGCAAAUAUUGAUUUGUCGAUUGAACUGUCGUAAUAUUUUUCAAUAAAGAAUCAUAAUCUUCAAGGUUAUAGACUUAACCUGAAUUAGAUGCUAUUGAAAGUAGAAACUUUUUCUAUAUCAAGAUCAUCUAUUUAUUCAUGCUAUAUUGGAAAGAAUAAAUAUUUCAAUGGAA